AUGUCUCACCCACGCAUAGAGGAGGUCGAAGACAGCGACCUCGAGGCCUCGGAUCCCUCCGAGGGCGACAUUGACGAGUUCAACGACCACGACAUUAUGAGACGAGUUGAACCCAAGUCGUCGGAAAUACCAGCAGGCGCAGAAGCCUCUCGCAUCAACCCCGCCAACAUCCCCUCGGCAGCCAACGCCGCCCCUCGCGCAGGCGCUGGCUCAUCCGAAUUCCAGACGACCAGCGAUCCCAAGCAGUACGCCGACUUCCAGUGCCUGUACCCAGUCUACUUUGACGCACGCCGCACCCGUGCCGAGGGCCGCCGCGUGCCCCGCGAGCUGGCCGUCAUGAACCCCAUCGCGCGCGAGAUUGUCAACGCCUGCGCGUCGCUGCGCCUGCCCACCCUUUUCGAACCGGCCAAGUUCCAUCCCAAGGAUUGGGCGAACCCCGGACGAGUCAAGAUCAGGAUACGGUUCGGCGGCGAGGCUGGAAGGGGCAAAGACGGCGGCAAGGCGUCGCCCAACCAGAAGCCCUACGGAAUGCCCGAAAUCAAGAACAAGCACCACCUAUACAUCCUCGUGGCGAAGCACCUGAAGGAGAACCCCACGACGGAGGACAGCGCGGCGCUCAAGGCACGCGUGCAGGGCGCCCCCGCUGCGGACCCGAACAAGCCUUGGCCGAAGCCCGCAGUCCCGAGAGGCUGGAAGAUGGGUGAUUUGCUGCCGUAUAUCAGCCCUGCCAUGACGGGCGGCGGCGUCAGCGAGAACCUGUUCAAGGACAUGAUGAAGGAGAUGCAAGGCGGAGGCGACCCGAUGGCUGCACUGAUGGGCCAGCAGGCCGGCGGCGGUGGUAGCGGCGGGGAGGAGAAGGCGAGUAAGAAGAAGAAGGGCAAGGGGAAAGUCUGA